UCCUGGAAAGUUCCUGGAAGCCGCCCGUGUUGAUGGUCGGUUCGGGGGCGGCGCACGGACACCGGAUCGGGACACGCGCAGCUCGUUCGGCUCUCCGGGAAACGGGAAAUAAAUCGUUGUUUUGUUUGUCUGACUGUGAUUGACGUGUUGAGGCUCGUGGGGGUUUUCGACGGCGGGACCUCCGGUUGUCCGGUAACCGGACGUCCCGGUCCGGAGGACGGAGCCCCGUGAAUGUGAGCGACAUGUCGGGCUGCUAGUUUAGCAGCUAGCCGCGACACCGACACCUCCAGUACCCUGAAGCUGCAGCCCAGUCCAAUGACCUGCCAGUCCACCGAGCCCACAGACGCCAUCGAGAGCGACGGACGAGCCGACAACAACUCCAGGUCUGUGGAGACGGACCGGAUCGCCUCCGCCAUGAAGGACCUGAGGAACACAGGCUGGUACUGGGGCGGUCUGACGGCUACUGAGGCCAAAGAGAUCCUGCAGGACACGUCUGAGGGCACGUUCCUGGUGCGGGACAGCUCCCAGACAGACUUCCUGUUCACUAUCUCGGCCAUGACGUCGGCCGGUCCCACCAACCUGCGGAUCGAGUACAAACACGGGAAGUUUAAGCUGGACUCGGUGGUCCUGGUGAAGCCCAAACUGAAGCAGUUCGACAGCGUGGUCCACCUGGUGGAGCACUACGUCCAUCUGUCCCGGACCGGAGACCAGACGCCGUUGGAUCCCCGUCCCUCGGCGGCCCCGUCCAACGGCGUGGUGCAGCUGCUGCUCACCAGGCCGGUGUACACGGCCACACCGCCGCUGCAGCAUCUCUGUCGCAUCGCCAUCAACCAGAGGACUCGGCGGGUCCAGGACCUGCCACUCCCCAUCAGACUAAAGGACUACCUGACGGACUACAGCUACAACGUGUAGAUGCCCCGUGGGACUACUCCCAGCAUGCACUGCUCCCACAGGAACCAUGGGGCCGUGCAGUCACCUGAGGAACUAACAGGAAGUCCUUGAGGUACUCUUAAAGUACUAGUACGUGCUGUAGUACUCUGCAGUAAGUACUUGUACUUUUUUGUUAACGUCCACAAACUGCAUUCAAACCUGGAGACGCUGCUCAGCUCAGUCUGAUAGAACUGAUCAAUACUAUUGAUUUAUUGUGUUGUCUAUAAAAUGUUUUCACGUCUUUAAAA